UGACAGCCCGGGGCAAGCUCCACUGCACCUGCAGUGUGCGGAGCGGCGCAGGAGGAGGGGAGUUUGGAUGCGUCGGUCGAGCUGGGUUACUGCGUCUCACUCGAAUUCAGCACAAGUUCUCCGACCAAGUUGCACUGAAGAAGUCGCGGAAUAGCCGGAACAGUGAUGGAGCUGUCGAUAGCCCGGUUCUGCUGUGUACUGUCGAGCCUCUUGGCAGGUUUGGUCUCAGGUCUAGAGAUUACAUCUACAGGGCCGACAUCCUUAGAGAAGGCCAGCGGUCAGAGUGUAAAGCUGGACUGCCAGUUUACUCUGGCCCCUGAAGACUCUGGACCACUGGAUAUUGAAUGGAGCUUGCUUUCUUCUGACAACCAGAAAGAGGACAAAGUGGUGAUCCUUUACUCAGGCGACAGGGCCUACGAGGAUUACUAUGCACCCAUGAAAGGUCGAGUCCACUUCAACUCAGCCGAUCCCAAAAACGGCGACGCCUCCAUCAACCUGACGGGGCUUAAAUCAUCAGAUUCAGGCACCUACCAGUGUAAGGUGAAGAAGGCUCCUGGUAUCCGCAGCAGGAAGAUGCUGCUGAUCGUUAUGGUGAAGCCGUCCAAGCCCAGGUGCUACGCUGAAGGCCCCACACAGCAAGGCAAAGAUAUUGUGCUGAGGUGCUUAUCUAGCGAGGGCACCAACCCCCUGCAAUACAGCUGGGAGAAGACUAGUGACAGCAAGCUGCUGCCCGCCUCCGCUGUGUUGGAUCCUGUGGGAGGCACCAUUAACGUGAGGAAUGCAUCUGCCACUGCAUCUGGCACUUACCGCUGCACUGCCAGCAAUCGUGUUGGCACUGAGGAAUGUAUACUGUAUCUCAAUGUAACACCUCCCCCAAACACUGCAGGCAUCAUUGCAGGAGCCAUAAUUGCUGUACUCCUGAUCCUCAUCAUUAUUGCCAUCAUCCUCUUCUGCUGUUGCCGUGCUCGUCACAGAAGGAAGUACGAGAAGGAAAUCUGCAAUGAGAUAAGAGAGGACGUGCCCCCGCCUAAGAGCCGUGUUUCAACGGCGCGCAGCUUCACUGUGGGUAGCCAGCGCUCCUCUCUGGGCUCUAUGUCACCUUCCAACCUGCACGAGUACGCCCUGAAGCCCCAGUACGACAAGAUUCCCUCAUCAGAGGAGUACGAGAGGCCACCGAGCCACCCCCCUCUGCCUCCGCCCUCUGGUGCCAAGAUGGCGGGCCCCAACCUCAGCCGCAUGGGGGCCAUCCCUGUCAUGAUCCCUGCCCAGAACAGGGAUGGUUCAAUUGUCUAGCAUGUCCUCUUCUUGAGAAGGGACCAUGUAAUGAGGGAGGAAACAGAGGAAGGGAGUAGGACACAAGCCAACGAAGAUGGAACAAGAGCUGGGAUGGGCUGACUCACCUGACUAUUAGCUCUUCGUUAUUUACAAAUGGGAGUAUACUCCUCUUAUGAAGACCUGGCUCUGCUGUGGUGCUGAGAAGAGAAAUUGAGUUGUACUGUAAUCACAACAGAGCACAAUAACUUUUUAUCAAAUACAAAUUAAAAAAAAAAAAACUUUUAUGAAUUUUACUUCCUGGACUUUCUCACAAAAAAAAAAAGAAUUAGUGUGGGUAUUAAGCAGAAUGGUCAAUACACAAAUUAUAUUGUACAUAAGUGAAUGCAUGUCUUUUUUUUUUUUUUAAAUAUAGAUGGCCCUUGCUGUAGUGAUACCGUGUGUUCAAAUCUGAUCCAGGUCCGUAAUUUGCCCACUGUACAGCUGUAUGCAUGCAUGUAUGUGUAAUAUUGCAGCAGUCUGUGUGUGUGAAUAUAGGUUUAUGUAUGUGAAUGGGAGUUGGGGAAAUACAUAAUUCAUUUAUCGUCUUUUAACACCUACAUAACAGUAUGAUAAUUUGUCAGGGGUCCAGUCUUUACUAGUUCCUGACAUUUGUUAAUUUCCAUACAUUUAUUGGAAAAUUAGAUGGACUGACUUUGGAAAAAUUGAAAGACCAAUUAGAAGAUUCACAGAUUUGAUUUAAGCUUUCAACCGUGCUGAAAACAGUCUAUUUAGGUCAGCCGUUUUCUGUUGAACCGUUUGCUGUUUGAAUUGACCAGUCAGGGUUUAGUUGGGGGGCUUAAUCGGAAAGGAUUGGCUGGAGGGGAGGGGGAAGUUCAAGCCACCACAUCUUGUGAUUGGGUGGAUAACUGCUACUUGUCCAAGCUUAAAAAACAAAAGACCAGUGUCCAUCCCCCAUCCCUCCUCCAGAGAUCUUAGAGGAGUUAGUGUAUAGGGAAAUAACGGGGGCAGCUGGACAACAAGGUUCACUGAGCAAUCAGCUUUGAUUGUCUUUGACUGUAAACAGGCCCCUAACCCCAAUGACCACCAAAACAUCUAGACCCCCCCCCCAAAACACAUACGCACACACCUUAUUAGCAGGACAAGAGCACCAAGUUUUACUUUAUCAUAUGUAGUAGCAGUCACCCCCUAAGAGGUGUAAUACUCCUUAUUCGGAGUCGCAUUACAAGGAGCCAAUAUCUUGAUGAACCUUCUAUCUGUGGUCAAUAUUAAAUCUUCCAGUGCGUUUGUAGGGUUAAUUCAAGUUUUAAUGAAGGAUGUAGAGCCUGUGCGCAUGAAGAAAGUAACCGCAAAGAGAAACAAAUGUGAUAAACCUUAGAAUGCUGAAUACUGUUUCUCCGUGUCAACAUUACAACCACUUUGGUUUGGGUUCAUUUUGCAGUCAGUCAGUUAUGGAUAAUUUAAAUGUUCCUUCAGGCAGCCAGUGUAAAUUGCCAUAGGCAGUUCUUGCAGUUUAUUAUUAUUAUUCUACUCUUAAACCAUGCAAAUUAUAUAUUUUUUUGGAAAAAAAAAUAAAAUGGAGGCCCAACAUAACAUCUUGUCUCCUACUUUACAAAAAAAAAAAAAAAAAAGCUAUAUGA